AUGUCUGGCAUGGGUACAGGCUACGAUUUGGCCGUAACCACUUAUUCUCCUGAUGGUCGUCUCUAUCAAAUUGAAUAUGCAAACAAGGCUGUUGAAUCAAGCGGAACAGCCAUCGGUAUUUGUUGUAAAGAUGGAGUUGUAUUAGCUGUUGAAAAACUGGUUGAUUCCAAACUUCAAGAAGAACACACCAAUACUCGAAUUUUUAAUGUUGAUAGAACAGCUGGAUUGAGUAUCACUGGAUGGAAGCCUGAUGGAAGACCAAUCGUCAAUAAAGCCAGAUCGGAAGCCAGAGGAUACUUGGAUCAAUUCGGACAUCGUAUUCCAGGACGAGUGCUCUCUGAAAGAUUAAGUGCAAGUGUUCACUUUCAGACCUUGUACAUGUCAAGCAGACCAUUCGGAAUUACAACAUUAUUAGCAGCUUAUGAUCGUGUGGAUGGUUAUCAAUUAUAUCAAAUUGAACCAAGUGGAGAGAGUUGGGGAUAUAGGGCUUGCGCCACUGGAAAGGGAAGACAAGGAGCAAAAUCAGAACUUGAAAAGUUGAAUUUAGAUACUCUUACAAUCAAUGAUGCUCUCAAAGAAGCAGCUCGUAUCAUGUAUCAUGUUCAUGAUGACACAAAGGAUCGACCAAUGGAGUUGGAAUUGAGUUGGAUUAGCGCUGAUACCAACAAUGAACACCGUAAAAUUACAGGUGAUUUGUAUGAGCAAUUGAAUCAAUAUGCAAAGGAUCAAACUAAAAAGACGGGAGCUGGAUUACAAACUGGUGCUUCAGGAAGUGAAAUGCAAGACGAUGAAGAUUUGUCUUCUGAAAACAAGUAA